CCAACAAAAAUCGACAAGAAAGCAACAACAAAAAAAAAAAAACCACAGUAAGGCAGGGUAAAAUGGCAAUGCGUGUUGUGGUUUGUCCCUUAAAAUUUAAUCAUUCCAAUAAUCACGUCAAUUAAAAUAAUAAACCCCGUGACCCUUCACUGUUUAUGUUGUAAUCAUUACAGUCUAGCUAGCAGUAGUGAGUAAUAAUUACAUACUAUAGCUGUUCAAUCAAAGACCAAUUUACAGUCCUCCUUUUCUAAAUUCUGCCUUUUUGUUGUGGCUUUAGCUCUCUAUAAAUGAUUAACUCAAAUAAUUUGGUAAUGAAAGGAGAUGAAAAAAGAAAAGGAGCCACAUACUGCUGUAGCACACAAGCCCAAAGCCCCAAAGUACAAAAACAAGGGAACAUUCUGGGAAUGAAAUUCUUAAAGUUAGGGAAGAAAAAUUUUAUCCAAUUUCAUCAUUAGUGCUGGAUUCAAUUCAACCCUUUUAUACUUGCUUUUCUGGUUAUUUGUUGAAAUCCCAUUUGUCCUUUCUCAGGAAUUCAAGAUCCCCUUUUUUUUUAUUUACAGUUCCUCUCCUCAAGCUGCCCCUUUUUCCCUUUUAUAGCUCUGUUUCAGCUUCAACAAACACAAUCAUUCUGUAAAGAAAAAAGAAGAAAAAAAUCAAAUCAUUUUUUUUCCCUGUAUCUUCCUAUUCUGCUCUGCUCAUCAAUUUCUCUACUUCCACUUGUGUUCUGAUUCUGUCACCAAAGGUGGAGAGGAUUCAUUUGUUACACUUUAACUUAGUCCCAUCAUCAAAUUUCAAUCUUAAUGAUUAGUUACCUUUUUGGGUAGAGAUUGGAAAUGCCCAUUUUCAUGGAUCAGAUCUAAGUUUUCCGCCUUUUUCACAACUCACUCUGUUCUGCAAAAAAGAGCUUCAAGAAUGGCGACUGAGAAACCCAGCAGCUCCAAAGGCCAAGCAUGGUGAUUGAUUAACUCCAACUCCAGCUUCAAUCUCUGAGCACAGUUCCACCCUUUCUCUCCAAAAAAAGAAAAAAGAACGAGUCUUUUUGGCUAACUGUUCAUCUCUUGUUAUUGCAGGUUUUGCACAACUGGAUUGCCCAGCGAUGUUGUAAUCGAAGUGGAGGAUAUGACCUUCCAUCUUCACAAGGUUAGUUCUUCAGUACUCUGUUUUUGUUUUUUUUUUUUCUUUUCUUCUUCUCAAUCCGUAAAUUACUCACUUUUUGUCUGGUGGAAAAAUGUUAUCCAGUUUCCUCUGAUGUCAAAAAGCUUAAAGCUUUACGACUUAAUAACGGAGUUGGAGAAAAAUCCAAAACCAAACCCAUCAGCAAGAAACCAAAAAAGCACUGAAGGAGAGAAGGAUCCAGAAAACAAUGACGAAAAAGACAGCCCAGGAGGAGGAGAGAUUGAGGAAGAAUACGAAGAACACGAAGAAGAAGACUUGUUCUUGUGUCACAUCAGCUUCCCAGAUUUCCCGGGCGGCUCGGAGUCGUUCGAGGCCGCCGCUAAAUUCUGUUACGGCGUCAAGAUUGAGCUGUCGCCAUCAAACGUCGCCCAGCUCCGCUGCGCUGGCGAUUUUCUUCAGAUGACGGAGGAGUAUUCCGAGGAUAAUCUCAUUUCCAAAACAGAGAGAUUUCUUUCCCAAAAUAUCCCCAAAAAUAUCAAGCACGCCAUUCAAACGCUCCAUAGCUGUCAACGGCUCUUGCCGUUGGCCGAAGAUCUCGGCAUUGUCGACAGAUGCGUCGACGCCGUCGCUUCCAAGGCUUCCUCCGCCGAUCCGUCGUUGUUCGGUUGGCCGGUGAACGACGGCAGAGAAAAUAAUACUAAUAAUGCUCGUCGGAGAGUCGCCGGAGGAGCGGAUAAUUGGUUGGAUGAAUUGACACUUUUGGGUUUGGAAUUGUUUAAGAGACUAAUUGUGGGUAUGAAAGAGAAAGAGGUCAACGGUGAAGUCAUCGAGAACUGCCUAAUCUACUACUCCAGGAAGCACAUCCCGGGAAUUUCUCGGGCCAACCGGAAGUCAACCUCGGGGCCGGCGUCUUCUUCUUCUUCGAUUCCAUCGGAAAGCGAGCAGAGAGAGCUCUUGGAAACCGUCGUGGCUAAUCUCCCGGUGGAGAGAAGCUCAACAACCUCUUCCUCCGCCACGAGGUUUCUCUUCGGGCUUCUCCGAGCCACCAACAUUCUGAACUGCUCGAAGGAAUGCCGGUCGGCGUUGGAGAAGAAGAUUGGUUCACAGCUGGAACAGGCCACGCUGGAUGAUUUAUUGGUUCCGAGUUAUUCGUAUUUGAACGAAACGCUCUACGACGUGGACUGUGUGGAGAGGAUUUUAGGACAUUUCCUUCAAGGUUUGGAACAGAGAUCUUCCGGCAGGAUCCAAGACGACGAGGAGGAUGACAGCAGCAGUAUGAGAUCGGCGGCGCUGAUGCUCGUCGGAAAAUUGAUCGACGGUUACUUGUCGGAAAUUGCUUCCGAUGCUAAUUUAAAGCCGGAAAGGUUUUACCAGUUCGCCGUCUCUUUGCCGGAGCAGGCCAGACUAUUCGACGACGGUCUCUACAGAGCAGUCGACGUAUAUCUCAAGGCGCAUCCGUGGAUAUCGGAAUCGGAAAGAGAGAAAAUAUGCGGAGUUUUGGACUGUCAGAAGUUGACGUUGGAGGCGUGUACCCACGCGGCGCAAAACGAGCGUCUGCCGCUGAGAGCGGUGGUUCAGGUGCUAUUCUUCGAGCAAUUACAGCUCCGGCAUGCUAUUGCGGGGACAUUGCUGGCGGCGGACGUGCCGCCGGCGCUGGAGCAGGAAGAGGAGGCCGUUAUGGGGAUGCCACGUGUGGGUGAAGCUUCGGUGGAAGGGAACGGCGGAACCGUGAGCACGUGGAGAGCGGCGGUGAGGGAGAAUCAGGUGUUGCGGCUGGAUAUGGAUAGUAUGAGGAAUCGGGUGCAUGAAUUGGAACGGGAAUGCUCCACCAUGAAGAAAGCCAUUGAGAAAAUCGAUAAGACCGGCGGCGGCGGCGGUGCUCCGCGGAGUGAAAAAGGAAGAGGGAAAGCGAGUAACGGCGGUGGGAAUAAUGGGGGAUGGAGGAGUAAGUUUGGGUGUAAAUUCAAGACGCAAGUGUGUGAUUCACACAGUUCCGCCACCGUAGUUGAGGCCAAGAAAGGGCGGACCAACCGGAGUCAAUAGUCAACACUUCCGCAGAAGGAAUGUUCUUUUUUUUUUUUUUUAAUCCUUCACCAUUUAUUCUUUCCCUCGUUAAUUUUUGUGUAUUAAUAUUUGUUGAAAUCAUUGUCGAUGUUGCGAGUUAAUACAAGUGCCAGUCUCAGUUCUCUCUCUUCAUGGCUUAUUUUGUGUAUAAUAAUUGUCUAGUUAAUGCCUUGGUUUUGUUUUACUACUUUCAAAAUUUGGGGUUGGGUGAGGUUGAAAUGGUAAUAUUUCUUCUGUCCCAAAAUUAUUGUACAGUUUGAUAUUUCACUUUUAGUACAAUUUGAACUAUAAAUGAAAAUUCAAACUAGAAAAUAAUUAUAGGACGGAAAGAGUAAUAUUAUUUCUUGUAUUCGUAAGUGUAACAUUGUAUGGAGUUAUGGUGUGAGAAAUUGACAUUCAUAAGUUCAGAUGAAUGAAACGCAAGCAAAUGCAUGUGCAGAUGCGAGUGAAGAAAACAAAAAGCCGGAAUGAAAGGUGAAAUGUAGUAAUUGCGGGUUUCAAGGUAUAUCCAAAUACUAGUAGAAUACUACUGAAGAAGAUUUUGGAUGUUAGCACUGAGCAGUGGAGUUGAGGAAGUAGUACUACUGGUAGUAUUAGGGAAGAAGUGGUGGGGACUGGGGAGUGGGUGGAUUCUUUAGAGAAGAAGAAGACAAGAGGGAAGACAACCGUUUGGAAACCAAAAGUAAACAAAGUGACAAAGCGAAAGCAUUAUGAAGUGGCAACUGUUUUAAUUGAAGAUUUUCUCUCAUCGAACUUGGCACAUCUGCAUGGCUGGAAAUGAGGGAAUGUGUGUGUGUGUGUGUGUGG